AUGGGAAUCCUGCAUAGUAGAAGUAAAUCUCGUGUUACAGAGCAAGAUAAGGCUGUUUUGCAGUUAAAAAAGCAGAGAGAUGAAUUAAAACGUUUCAGUAAACGAGCUACAGAAUCCAUCGACAAAGAUACUGCAGCCAUCAAAGUAUUGGCCAAACGAAAUCAAAAAGAUCGAGCUCUUCUACUUCUGAAGAAGAAAAAGUACCGGGAGAAGUUAUUGUCUCAAGCUGAUCAACAUUUAACAACUAUUGAGGGACUCAUUAAUGAUAUUGAGUUUGCUCAGGUUCAAGUGCAAGUUGUUGAUAGUCUGAAGAAGGGUAACGAGGCACUCAAACAACUCAACGCCCUCAUGAAUUUGGAUGACGUCGAGAAAAUUCUUAGCGACGCACAGGAAUACCAGGAAUAUCAAGAAGAAAUCAGUAAUCUCAUCGCCGGAAAUCUGACUUCUAAAGAUAAUGCCGAUGUUGAAGCCGAAUUCGAACAAUUAUUGAAGGUUGAUCUCCCUGAGAUUCCUAAUCAUGAAGUUUCACCGCGUGUACCUCCUGCAAAGAGUAACAAGGGUGUCACCCUCUACAACGGUCCAGGAAGAACUGGAUUCGAGAAAGGAAACCUCGCUCUUACAUCCCAUCGGUUGCUUUGGCAACAUGGCAAUACUAAAAUGGCCUUGCCUUUAUUUGCAGUCACCAGCGUCUCCCAGCAGCAUACUUCCAGUGUUAGAAGUGCCACUCCAAAACUCAUAUUGAAGCUGCUUUCUCCAGAACAACUUGUAAAUGCUUUCAAGGCUUUGCCGGCCCUACCUAUUUGGUCUGCGCCUUGGGUUGUUGAUAAAGGUGAUUCUCGUGUCGCUGUAGCCUCUGGAUUGGAUUAUAUUCGCCUUGGAUUUACUCAAGGGGGUCUUCAGUCCUUUUUCGCAGCUUUGGAGAGCACUCUGGAGAGCAAACUUUGGAUGGUUGCCCCAAAGGUAAACUCUAGCCGUGUUGGUUUAUCAGGAAUCGAGCGAAGCAUCCUAGCGCAGACAGUAUCUAAUGACCGUAGUAUAGCUGGUGCUUUUGCAGACUUGACAAAGCUCAUGGAAAAUGCGAAAGAAAUGGUUGCGUUAUCUAAGAGCCUCUCACAACGCAUUCGCAAUACAAAAGCCUCCGGAGGUGAAGUUGAAGAAGAUGAUACUACCGAAUUACGACGAGCGAUGCUUAGUAUGGGUCUUGAGGAUGAGGGUGAAAGUAAUGACUAUGGAGCGGUUUCAUCCGAUGCCUACUCAUUUCAUCGGCAAUUGGCUGGCCAGAUUUGUCGACUAUUGCUACCUCUUUUGGAACAAAGAACUGCCGAGAUUUCUGGAGGCUGUAUUGAUCUGACAACAGCGUAUUGCCGAGUAAAUCGAGCUCGUGGUGUCCAACUCAUCGCUCCAGAUGAUCUGCUUCAAGCUGCUCGUCUUAUGCCCUCUUUGAAACUUCCUCUUAGGCUUAAAACCUUCCCCUCUGGACUUAAAGUCCUUCAACUUGCAAGCGAAUCAGAAGAAGCUACAUUAAAAUCAACAUGUGAAUUAUGCGCUUCAGAUAAUUCUAAGGGCAUAACACCUGGUGAGUUGGCAAGAAAAGCUGGAAUCGCUACAGUACUGGCGAAAGAACGUCUUCUCCUGUGCGAGCAGAAAGGAAUGUUAUGUAGGGAUGAUUCCGAGAAUGGACUGGCUUUUUACAGAAACCUAUUUUUGAAUCCCCCAAUGAUUUGA